CAGUCUUUUUACAGAACCAUCUGUCUAUAAACAAGAACAACUCUUUCUAGUAUUUGUUUGUGCUGCUCACCUCCUUUCUUUUUGCAUAUCAUACCUAAACAGCAUUGUAGCAUCAUCUUCAAAUCUUGCAUAUAUGAAAAAUAUCGUGUGAAUGCUGGAGCAGCAAGCAAACUGACCAUGAAUCAAGAUUUUGUUGGAAAUGGGAAUGUUUCCACUCCAUCUUAUUUUUACAUCAGUGGUUUUUCUGGUAUACCUCACAUGAGAUACUAUUACAUAUUUCUCUUUUUCAUCUACAUUAUUACUGUGCUUGGAAAUUCUUGCCUCAUGUCUGUUAUCAUUAUGGAUCGAAACCUUCACACCCCUAAAUAUAUUGCAGUAUUUAAUUUAUCACUGACAGACAUUUGUGAAAGUACAGCUGUAAUCCCUCAGCUACUGGACACUUUUUUGUUUGUUAAUCAGCUGAUGCCAUAUGGAUUGUGUAUGUCCAGCAUGUUCUCUGUUUUGUCAUUUCUUGCAAUGCAGUCGUUAACUCUAACUGUUCUGUCUUUUGACAGAUUAGUGGCGAUUUCUUUACCAUUAAGAUAUCAUAUGAUUGUAACCCAUAGGUUAAUGUUUUUUAUAAUUGGCGCAUUAUGGACUCUAGCACUGUUGCUAACGAUCAUUGGAGCCAUUUUCAUGAGCAGACUUUCUUUUUGCAAAGUAAUUGUCACUGUGAACAGUUUCUACUGUGAUCAUGGGCCGAUAUAUCGCUCUGCCUGUAACAAUAAUUUCCCAAGCUCUGUGAUAGCUAGUUUGUUUCCUGCAAUCAUUCUCGGGUUCCCAGCAUUUUUUAUCAUCUUUUCAUAUACUUGCAUAGCUGUGACACUGUUCAGAAUCACAACUCCACAAGACCGUCAGAGAGCCACAAAGACAUGCACUGCUCAUUUAAUAUUAGUGGCUGUGUUUUAUUUGCCUAUCACUUUUACAUAUGCAUUUUGGUCUUUUAUUGACACUAAUACAAGGAUCAUUAAUCUCUCGCUGACCUCUGCCCUUCCUCCAAUGCUUAACCCUAUUAUCUACACAUUCAUGACAUAGGAGUUUAUGGUGGCUGUAAAAAGACUUUUUAAAAGAAGAAACAUAUUCCCGUCCUGGAAAUAAACAUAUUUCGCUUAAACAAUUACGCUCAAUGGUCAAAUAACAACGGAUGAAUAAAAUUAAUAAGUUCAAGUUGCAAACCUUUAUUCUUUCAUAUCAGAUAUUCACUAUUUUUAAGAUAUUAGGAAUCCAAGGUCAAAUAACCCCAGGGUGGCAUUUUUUUUUUUUUUUAAGUUGACAGGUAUCAAUAAUCAUUUAAAGGGUAUCAGUGAGAUGCAUAAUUUGCAAAAAGUGCAGGUAUUUUUUGCACACAUAUCAAAAACAUGAAGUUCAACAAUGGUGAACAUUAAAUAAAAAGCAUCAUGACGAAAUGAAAACAAAAGUCUAUUACUCCCGGCAUGCAUAGUGACACAUACAUUAUACAUUUUUGCAAUGACAUUGUAGUAGCAUAGCAUACUACAUAAUGUUCAGAACUUAUCUUUGUAUCUGAAUGUUUUCUUGAAACUGAACGGACACCGUUCUAUGUGAAGCUGCUUUGACAACAAUCUACUUUGUAAAAGUGCUAUACAAAUAAAGAUGAAUUGAACUGUCAUCAAAUUUGAGCAAUGUCUUAAUAAUAAUGCAUGUAAAAAUGUUUGUGUUAUUGAGAAAUUAGCUAUCCAAAGAUAUUGUUUUGUCAAUCUUUGAAUUAGAAUAGUUGCAUUUGUUUAACAUCUUAGCCUCAUUAUGAUUGCUACCAGGGAUGUUACGUUCAGGAUUUUUGCAGCUACAGAAUACAGAAGAUACU